AUAACCAAGUUCCACCAUGAAUACAGUGGAUUAGCAUGCACCGUGGAGGUCGUAAAAGACGUUCACGCCGCCAUAAAUCACAUUCACGAACACGGGAGUGCCCACACCGACUGCAUAGUAACGGAGGACAAGGAAGUCGCGGAGCUAUUCUUGCAACAAUUGGACAGUGCUGCAGUCUUCCACAACGCAAGCACCCGGUUUUCGGACGGGACACGCUUUGGUCUCGGAGCGGAGGUUGGAAUCAGCACAAGCCGGAUCCACGCAAGAGGGCCUGUUGGCGUAGAGGGAUAA